AUGACCCUUGACGCCAGCGCAAGCGAAAGCUCAGCCAACUCGCAACAUGGGCCCGCUGCUGCCGCUCGUCCUUCCAUCGCAACUACAAUGACAAGUGACUCGUCGCCACAGGCAAAUCAAAAUGCCACGCCCGCCACCCGCGAGAAGCCUCGCCAAUCUCUUUCCAAACGCUACCGCACCGAAAUUGCGGCCAGCAGCUCCAGCGUCUUUUCCACCCUCGUCGCAUUCCCUCUCGACAGCGUCAAGACUCGCAUGCAGACGUAUCAGUACCGCGGUUUUCUCGAUUGCGUCAAGCAGACAUACACAAAAGAAUCCUUGGGGGGCUUUUUCCGAGUGAGGGACACCGUUGGAACAGGUAUAUACUUUAUGGUAUAUGAAAGUGGAAAGCAGCUUGGAACCACAUUUGCCGGGGACAGCAGCAAUAAGCUGGCUGUGGUGGCAGCAGGUGGCUCGUGUGGUCUUGUUUCUUGGGCCAUUAUAUAUCCGAUUGACUCGGCCAAGAGCAUUUAUCAGCGCAACUCACUUCUCUAUGCACGGGGUGAAAAGGUCGAACCGCCACCGAAAAUUACGUUUUUCAAGCGGGACAUGUAUCGCGGACUCGCUGUGUCCAUGAGCCGCUCAUGCGUCGUCAACGCCAUUUUCUUCUCCUCGUUUGAAUUCAUCAAGAAACACAUCAAGGAUAAUGGCUGA